CAACAGCAAGGAAAUGAAAUGUAGCCGGAAGAGUUUAGAUCUCUCUCUCACUCCCUCUGUUUUUCUCUCUCUCUCUCCCACGCUGUAUCAGAUUCAUGAUCUACACUGUGUAGUGUGUGUGCGUGUUUUUCUAUCCUUCCCCUUUGACUGUGUGUAGGCGGGUGUGUGUGAGGACUCCGUCCCUCUCCUCCAUGAAAACCAUGGAUGGAUUGCGUCUGCCACCACUUAUAGAGGAAGUACUGGACUCCACAGUUGUUUCUUCUGUACAGAGGAGGGCAGCGAUCUGAAAGCAGGUGAAGACACGAUGGAUGACCAGACACUGGAGAAGGAGCGUGAGAAAGCGGAGAUAGAGGAAGGAGAGAAAGAGAAAGAAGAGAAGGAGGAGAAGAGCAAGGGGGAGGAAUUAGAGGAGCUGAGAACUCAGAUACUGCACCUGCUGCUGGAGCUGGAGGAGGCACAAGACACGUCACAGAAACACGAGGAGAACAGCACUGAGCUUCAGGGUCUUCUGGAAGAAGAGCGCUUAGCGAGUGCGCACCAGGCCGAGGCCUUCACCCGACAAAUCCAGUGUCUACAGGCCCAGGUGUGUUUAGUCCAGCAGGAGAUGGAGGGAGUGGAGCAGCAGAGAGUGGAGCUGCAGGAGGAGGUGCUGACUCUCCAGCAGGCAGCAGAGGAGUAUGAGCUUGAGACCAUCACACUGAGAGCUGAGAUUGCGAUGAAGAGUCAGAGGAGAGAUGAAGAAAGGAGGAGAGAGGGUGAUGUGGAACAGCUGAAGGAGAAGCUUGUCACUUUAAAGACGGAGUGUGAGACCUUAAAGGAGGCCAACAGUAAACUGACAGAGAGACUACAGGUGCUGCAGGUGACCAGAAGUUCAGGUGGUGUUGAAGUUAAAGAGAAGGAGGAUGGAGGCAUUCAGACAAAAGUAAUCGGGGGAUCAGCUUCUACAAGCAGAUUUGUGGACGUCUGUAUUCAGAAGAAUAUUUCCUUUGAUGGAAAACUGCUCACACCCACAAGUUUGAGCUCAGGGUUCUCAGAGACUCUCUCUCUGAAAGAGCAGCUCAAAGAAGCUGAAGAGAGAGCAGAACAACUGCAGAGGCAGUGUGACGGUGUGCGGACUGAGCUGAGGGAGCUCCAGAACCUUUUUGAGACCAGUCAGAAGGAACGGGCUGAGCUGGAGCUGGAGCUUCUGCACUGUAGGGAGGAGCUAGAGAAACUCUCAGAGGAGAGACAGCUCUGCACUGAGUCUGCUGUUCUUUCGCUGCCUUUCUUAGGAAUGAUCGUCAUCAUGGCAGUUCUGUGGUGUUGGUGGUCUGAGCUUGCAUCCUGAACAGCAGCAGAGUUAAAAUGGAGUCUGUGAAUGUGCGAGCGCUGACAGUGGACGUGUUGAGCUCUUUAUGUUUGUACCAUUUUGGACCUUUUGACCCACAGACAGCUGAUAAUUUGACCUUUUGACCUUCUCCAUGACAACAGGGCACUUUGGGCUUUGAGAUGUUUGACCAAAUGUUAUUAUUAUUAUUAUUAUUAUUAUUAUUAUUAUUAUUAUUAUUAUUAUUAUUAUUGCAACUUUAUUUAAACCUUUUGUACAAAAGGUCUUUAAUACCAAACUUAUAUGUGGCUUGAAAUCUAAUUUAAUCUAAUAUCAUCUAUAUGUUUUGUGAAGAUGUUAAUUUAUUCCACUAUUUAUCUUAAGUAUCAUUCUGUUGUAUAACUCAAUCUGUUAUAUAGUUUGAUCUGUUUUCAGUUAUUUACUUUAGCAUUAACAAAAGGCCUGAAGCUAAACCCAUUUACUCCAGCAGUCCUGUGUAUAUGGUGGUUUUUAAUAGAACAUUGACACUUCGUCUCAGACACUAGAACAAAGACUCGGUCGAAUGUUGUUUCAUGAAUAGAGUUUACGCAGGAGAGUGUACUAUAUGCUCACAAACAGGAAGUAAACAUGAAGCCUCACUAAUGAUGUGCUCAUCCACACAGUACAAAUUCUUUAAAGACGUCCAAACAAGCAAUUUAAUGUCGACAUGGAGUUUUAUACAAAAACAACAAAAAGAUCAAAUCUUUAACUGCAUCACUCUUCUGUAAUAAAAAUAAAUUCCCUUCAGGACACAGACACGUUUAUUACUGAUCGAUUAAAACACACUCACAAUCAGACGUGUGUUGAUUUAUUACCUCUAACGACACGUCCCCCAGAAUUUUAUAACCACAACAAUCCACCAACAAUUUAAUACAGAAAUAUAAGUGCAGUUCUGAGUGCAGUGUGUGGUAGCUUCAAGAACGAAAGAUAUACGGAAGCACUUUAUUAAUAAAUUAUACUAGAUUUAUAUAUUCUUAAAAGAUUAAAGCCUGAAUGAGUGAAUUUAAAUCUUAGUGAAGAUGAAACACGUCUCAUUAAUAAACAUCUCAUUCACACGUCUUUAUAAAUCGUCUUAUAAAAUAAAUCAUUAAUUCACUAAUAUUAGUUUCUACAUUAUCAUCUCCAGCAGGAAAAAAAAUUAACUAUGUGAUUAUUUCUGAUUUAUGUAUCACAAUUGUUUCUCUCUAAUAAAUAUGAUGAUCCUUUAAGGUAGAAAAUAAAACUCAGAUUUAUAUUUAAUAUUUUUCACACGUCUUCUGUGACGUUUUGUUUUUAAACGCUUCACAUUUUUAUUUGAAGAAUAUUUUAUUUUGUUUGUUUUAUUCACAGUUGAACAUCUAACAGUGUAAUAAAUAUUGUUUCUAACAUUAUUAAUAUUCAUAGAUUUGUAAAUGCGAGUGUUGUAGAUGACGCAGUCAGAGCUAUUGAUGUGAUGAUGUAGAUUUUUUGUGCAUUGUGUGUUGUGUAGCUUGUAGGUGAAAAUGACACAAAUCAAAUCCAGCAGAAGGUUGAAAAAAAAAGCAAAAUAAAGCAAUAUUCCACUUUGCAUCAACAUGAAGAA